GUGCGCCAUGAAGGCGUCAUGAGUCGUGUGCUCCCGGCAGGCUUCAUCGUUUCACGCUGACAUCAAACUUUGGAUAAAAGUUUGUCUCGUCGGUGAAAAAAAAUACAUUUAAAAAAAUAAUAAUUAAUGUUUAAAAAUGUCCAGAGACUCGUGGGCGGCUGCUGUGGACGUUCAAGAAGCGACAACUCCGCUCGUGCAGUUGGACUUCACCAAGAAGGUGGAGCGACUCCGACCACCACGAACCAUGAGAGGAGACAUUAACGGGAACGUGGUGCCGGAGGAGGACAGAGCCGAAAAUGGAGGCUGGAGAAGCGGGGAAGCGGACAGAGUGGACCUGGCCGAACAGUCCCUGCUGAACAAGCUGAUCCGACACUCUCUGGUGCGGAACAGGAACCAGGUGGAGGUCCUGCAGAGGGACCCCACCUCUCCUCUGUACUCUGUGAAGACGUUUGAGGAGCUCAGGCUGAAACCUGAGCUGCUGAGGGGCGUCUACAACAUGGGCUUCAACAGACCAUCCAGGAUCCAGGAGAACGCUCUGCCCAUGAUGUUGGCACAGCCACCUCAGAAUCUGAUCGCCCAGUCGCAGUCUGGCACGGGUAAAACUGCUGCUUUCUCGCUGGCCAUGCUCAGCCAUGUAAACCCAGCCAACAAGUGGACUCAGUGCCUUUGCAUCUCGCCAACGUACGAGCUCGCUCUGCAGAUCGGUCAAGUAAUCGAACAGAUGGGGAAGUUUUGUCCUGAUGUGAAGCUGGCGUACGGCAUCCGUGGCAACAGACUGGAGCGAGGCGUGAAGCUGCAGGAGCAGAUCGUCAUCGGGACGCCGGGCACCGUCCUCGACUGGUGCACCAAGUACAAACUCAUCGACCCCAAGAAGAUCACCAUGUUUGUGCUGGACGAGGCCGACGUGAUGAUCGCCACACAGGGUCACCGCGACCAGAGCAUACGCAUCCACAGACAGCUGACGAAAGACUGUCAGAUGCUCCUCUUCUCCGCAACCUUUGAGGACUCGGUGUGGAGGUUUGCGGAGCAGGUGGUUUCCGAUCCAAACAUCAUCAGACUGAAGCGCGAAGAGGAGACGCUGGACACCAUCAAGCAGUUCUACGUGGUCUGUAAGGGGAAGGAGGACAAGUUCACAGCGCUCUGUAAUCUUUACGGCAGCCUGACCAUCGCUCAGGCGAUGAUCUUCUGCCGCACUCGUAAGAUGGCUGCUUGGCUGACUGCAAACCUGUCCAUCGAGGGCCACCAGGUGGCGUUGCUGAGCGGGGAAAUGACGGUGGAGCAGAGAGCCGCCGUCAUCGAACGCUUCAGGAACGGCAAAGAGAAAGUGCUCAUCACCACAAACGUGUGCUCACGAGGUAUCGACGUGGAACAGGUGUCACUUGUGGUGAACUUUGACCUCCCGGUGGACCUGGACGGGAACGCCGACAAUGAGACGUACCUUCACCGGAUCGGCCGCACAGGACGCUUCGGCAGGCGAGGGUUCGCCGUGAAUAUGGUGGACAGCGAACACAGCAUGGAUAUCGUCCACCAGAUCGAGAUGCACUUCAAUCGGAAGAUCACCAAACUCGACACCAGCAAUCUGGAAGAACUGGAGAGACUGAUGAGCUGAACGCUGACGCAGUUAGACGUGUUACCUCGAAUUUAACUUGAGUUCUUUCAAGGGUUUAUUGUUUACAGAGAAGAGACGCAUGCUGACGUCGAGUAUGCAAACCUAUUUCACGGCCAAAGUUUAAUUUGACGUGUCCGACUUUCACUGAAGUCACCUUGAAGCCUUAAUGCCGUCUCCUUAGAGACGUUAAACCAACCACCAGCAUUUAAAGCCAGGUGGCGAUAACACAGUUGAUGCUUUGCAGUGUUGAGUUUUUGAUUAUUAUGCAGGUAGACGUUUGCACGAUUUGAUCAAGGGUUGAGUUCAGCUCAAAUAUCCUCGACUUGAAGUGACUUGAAGUGUUACACGCCCGUUUGAGCUGCUAGCUAAUGUUUACUUCCUUUAUAGUUUGGUGUUACAGCAGACUGGAGCUGUUGCUCAGUUUUUGUGUGAAUAAUUGAAUAAAUAAAUAUUGUUGCAUGCGGUUGCAGUUGAAAUGCUGUUUUGAUUUUUGUUUUGUUUUUUGCACGACAGUUUUAGCGUCUCAGAGGACGGGUAGCUUUAGCCUGUAACCUUCUCGUGUUCUGCACUUUAACAUGUGAUUGUUUGAAUAAAUCUUCCAGAGUGAGCA